AUGGCCCCCAUCCCGCGGGCCGAUUUUGAUAUGGAUAACCCGUCGUCUGACGUGGGUGACAGCCAGGACCAAGAUUCCCCGCUGCGGCGUCAAUUCUCUGAACCAUUCCGUCCACAGUCUACCUCUACUCAAAUUUCACAGUCUCCUGAGCCAGUCGUGCGCAAACUUAAAUGCGACUGGUGUGGGAAACUGCUGGAACUUCCUGAAGAUCACUCAAUCUCCGAGGAAGACCUGCUUAAUUUUCACAUUGCUUCAGAUCACCCCAAUUCUCACUCAUUCGAAUAUGAAGAGGGCGAGGAGGGCGAGGAGGGCGAGGAUGGAGUCGAUGCUGACGAGCUUGAACUCGACGAAGAAGAAGCCUUGAACGCGUCUCAGUUUGAAGAAAACGAUGAUGCAUACCAAGUUGAAGAGGGUGACGAUGCUGAGGGCGUUGACGAAGCUGAAGAUGCUGAAGAUGCUGAAGACGCCGAAGACGCGGAAUUGACUGAGCAUGUUGAGCUAGCAGAAGCUGAAGAAGCGGAGCCUGGUGAAGAAAAUGAACAAGAACAAGGAACGCCCAUCGCAUCUGCGACCAACGGUGAUAACAGCGAGGUUGAUACCUCCAAAACUUCCAGCAUCAGCUUUAAAAUUGCGCCCCAGGCUCAAGGAAAACUGGAUACGCUCGAAUGGCUCUCAAAUCCCAGAGGUGCAUUCCCCGAAGACUUUCGCCGACGUUUGGCUACAUGGCAGGAGUCAGAUAUCAAGAACCGCCUACCCAAAGUUUGGAACGUCCAUAAGCCACAGAUAUUCUCAGAUAGCUAUGAUCAGGAUAUGGCUAAAGUGGAAGCCACUUGGCAAUACGUCUUUGGCGACAAGCCCAAGAAGAAGGAUCUCUCGGAGCCACUGGCACGACCGGUCCCCUACAAAAACUCACAAGUUUCCAAGGGUCAGUUCCUCGAAAUCAACCCCCUUGAGGAACUACUUGAAACACUCCGGAAGCCGGAGCUCCUUACACCCGAUGAACUCUACGCAGCCACUGAAGCUGUUGCAGUCGUAAUGAAGACAUGGCAGGAUGAAUUCAUUGCUCUUGAUAAGCUCUACAUCCGAACACACCGACACUACCGGGCCCCACUUCCCAGCGAUGCAAAGCGGGAACAGCACGUCGGCCACAAGAAGCGGACGGGACAGCCGCUUGCCCGAGUCGCUGAGCAUGAACGCGAUUUUGAGGACAGAAAAGAAUCAAUGCUGUACGGGUACAAGCACAAUUUCUUUGGCCACAACUUGAGCAAUUCAGUUAGCUGGGUUCCCCAGAACCCAUUUGUCCAAGGUGGUUUUGUCCCUACACCCGCGCAAGCUCGAAAGAUGGCUACAAAAGUUGCCCCUGAUGAUCGUAACCCUGAUGGCUGGGCACCCAUUCUGCGGGAUGGCGUGGAGUUCGUUCCCAAGCUGUGGGAGGCACGACGAGAGCCGGUGGUGAAGUUAACGCGCAAGCGUAAAGCUGUGGAGGUUGAACCUGCCAAGCUCGAGGAGGCUGAGGACACGCAGAAUGAGUCUGAAAUCGCAGAGGAGAGUGAGGAAGACGCCCGCCCCGUAAAGCGACGAACUCGAGGCCGUGGUGGUCGUCGUACGACACUCGAUACCUAUCAACCCUCGGAGGCUCCAACCUCAGCCCCCCGUGGUCGUGGCGGUUCCCGAGCCCGUGGUCGUGGUCGUGGUCGAGGAAGUGGCCGAACUACAUCGGCUCGUGUAUCCCUCGACGCUCCUCAAUCUGGCACAUUUGCCUCACCAACCUCUUAUCGCGGCCGUGGCCGUCGGGGCGCGAGCAUUGUGAGCUCAACGCAGACACACUCUAUGGAGGGCACCCCUACGUCUCUGCCUAACAUCUCUCCUAUGCCAGAGGCAACUCCACCGCCGAAGGCCGCAUCUACGAAGCGAGACGCCACAGCCGAGGAAAUGGAAGAGGCUCGUCGACUGAAGAUCGCUAACUCCAAGAACCCCAAGCGCACCAAGGCCAUGUUGGAUCAUUGGGAACGAUUCAAUCGCGAGGGUCGCAUUCGCAAUCCGAAGCGGUCAAAGGCGCAAAUAGAAUCAGACCGACAAGACGAUCCUAUCAAGUCUGAAGUCUUGCCUCGCGCCCCUGGCCGACGCCGGAAGUCUCCAUCUCUCGCACCCAUUUCGAAUGGGAACCUGGCCCCGAAGGCCCCAGUUGGGGCCCCCAUGACCAGUCACAUGGGACCUGGGCCUACGUUACCGCCGCUUGGAAUGCCACAGUACGCGCCUCCCAAUCCGUACGCUCAACCACCACCCAAUGUGCCGAUAGGGCAGCAGUUGCCCCCCCAGUAUGCGCCAUUCCCCUAUGUUCCUUAUGCCAUGAGCCACAUGCAGGGUCCUCCCCCAGGCUCUCAUCCCGCUUCUCAUCCGGCUCCCCAUCCGGCUUCCCAUCCAGGUAUGCAUCCUGGCCCUCAUCCGGGCCCGCAUCCUGGCCCGCAUCCUGGCCCGCAUCCUGGCCCGCAUCCUGGCCCACAUGAUCAUCUCCACCACCGUCGUGCUGUUUGA